AUGAAUUUUAAUAUUUUUAUUUAUUUCAUAUAUAUUUUAUUUCUUGUAGAACAUAAAUAUUUUAAAGGUGCUCAUGGAUUAAAACAUAUUAGUAAAUUAAAUUAUAUAAAUUUUAAUAGGUUUCAUAAUUAUAAAAAUGGUCGAUGUUUUUCUAAAGCAUAUGAAAGUUUAUACGAUAGUUGGGGUAUUACGCCUUUAUGGAAUACAAAACCUUUCUCAUUAAUUAAAUUACCUUUUAAUAUUGUUAAUAUGUCACCCUUCUUAAGUGAAGAGUCCAUAAAGUACCAUUAUAGUAAACAUCAUGCUACUUAUGUGAAGAAUUUAAACACAGAACAGCAUAAUGAACUAAAAAAUUUGACAUUAGAAGAUAUAAUAAUAAAAUACAAAGGAUCCAUUUAUAAUAAUGCUGCCCAAAUUUUUAAUCAUAAUUUUUUUUGGAUGGGUUUAAAAGAAGAAGGAGGAGGGGAUCCAUACGGUGAAAUAAAAAAAAAAAUUGAUGAAUCCUUUAAUUCUUUUGAAAACUUUAAAGAUAUAUUUCUUAAAGAAGCAUCAGGCCAUUUUGGAAGUGGAUGGAUUUGGUUAAUAAUAAAAGAUAAAAAAUUAAAAAUUUAUCAAGGGCAUGAUGCUGAUAAUCCUUUAAAAGAUAAUGUUGGUAAUCCCAUUUUAACUUUAGAUAUAUGGGAGCAUGCAUAUUAUGUUGAUUAUAAAAAUUCUAGAGUUGAAUACAUAAAAGAAUGGUUUAAUAAAAUAAAUUGGGAUUUUGCCAAUUAUAAUUUAUCCAUUUUAAGUUAA